CGAAAUCCGACUGUCAGCUAAUAUUGCCGGCUUACCGUUCAAGGGCGUGUCAGAGGCUCGAGCGCUGAGCCGAAAGUGAUGUCUCAGGACUUCUUCUGCUUACCUCCUGCAACCUUGACCUUAACGUUAACCAUUCCUUGACUCCGUCAUGUCUCUCCAGCCAUUCAUAUCCUUGUAUCGGUAUGCUCUCGAACCCAUAGCACCUUUCAGCUGGUUUGGUAUCAAAGUCUGCUCCAUUGAGCUGGUAGCCGCCUUGCGGCUUUGCACUGCCCUGAGACAGGCCAGGGAAGAUUUAUAUGCCAAGUAUCAGCGCCGCGCUGGCGAUAAACAGUCUGUGGAGGAGAGAUCCUUCCUAAGAGACGCAUGUACCUCACUCACGGUCAAGUUUGGAGGAGAGGCCAUCAUAAGCUCUCUACUCGGUGUUCCUCCGUCUUUCGUGCUCUCAGGUGUCCCCCCGGGUGUGUACAUCGCCGCACAGGCGAUUGUAGAGUAUAUCCCUGCUAUACCGCCCAUGUCGCUCUUCACUGAGCUUCCGCUGUCUAUUGUCGACGGAUUCACUCGAGCGCUGCUUCUCUGCAGCCUGAUACCCAAACCCAUUAUCACCCAUGCUUCCCCUGUUAUCGCAUCUUCCCCAUGGACUCUUUUGCUCUCCUCUCUCGUCAUCGCUAAUGGAGGCAUCUUCAUAACCAGCAUGUUCUCCUUCCUGGAGCCUACCCCGCUCACACUUACGACUCCCGCCGCGAUCAAGCCCUACGGCUGGACGACUACGGACCUCUGGUGUGCCCCGUUCAUCACGGGGCUCUAUGCCCUCCUUACGCAAGCCCAGCCAUUCUGGGCCGAGCUCCACACUGUCAUCUCGACCGUCCUCGGAAACACGGGCGAUAAAGUCGGUCCUAUGGACCCAGAGGCCGCCCGUGCGGUGUGCGCGCUGAUUCUUGCGGGAAUGUUUACCACCCGGACUGCGAAGAACUAUGGGCUUGUUUGGAAGAAGGGUGUUGCUGAGAAGAUCAAGAUACAGUGAAUAACUAAAGGGAUACUGGUUUUAUACACUCCGAAGAUGUAGAUGUGCACGAAAUUUAUGAAUGAGAUAUCCCUGUUCUACCACCACCAGUUGUCGUGACUGCACAGAUGUGCGUUACCACGCAGCACAUGCUGGAUGAA